GGCAAUGUUGAGAAAUUUAGUCUGCUAUCUACAAGCACGUCUUCCGAAAUCCGAGUUGCACGUGUAAGUUGUUCAAUUUGAAAACAAUUCCAGUUUAACAACUCUAUUUUUUGGAGUGAUCGCUCUCUAUUCUGAAAUGCGAAAAUGACCAAAGUGAUAAAACAGACGUGCGUGUCAAGUGACAAGCAAUCAAAAAAAGAAGUCCUGUAUAAACCCUACGAGGGGAAAAGAAAGGAAUGGGUCGCUAUGGUUCAAAAUUUAAUUGAAAAGAACUCUAAUGAAAAAUUAACAAGUGCUCUUAACAGAAUAAGUCAGGCUGAAGAAAUCCCAAUCAAAUGGAAUAAAAUCAGUAAACCAAAGUUUAUGAACUUCAUGAAACACGUAAUGAAAAACAAAGGAGAUUGUGUACGAGAUGAGCAAAUGUGGGAAUUGGUUUCUAAAGACCUGAAAGAAAAAAUUAUAGCCAAAUCAAAGAAAGAUAACAUUGUCACUCCUGCUGAAACUGUAGUAAAAGCCACUGCUGUCAAACCUGCAGUAAAAGCCGCUGCUGUCAAACCUGCAGUAAAAGCCGCUGCUGUGAAACCUGCAGUUAAAGCCGCUGCUGUCAAACCUGCAGUAAAAGCCGCUGCUGUCAAACCUGCAGUAAAAGCCUCUGCUGUCAAACCUGCAGUAAAAGCCGCUGUUGUCAAACCUGCAGUAAAAGCUGUUGCUGUCAAACCUUCAGUAAAAGCUACUGCUGCCAUGAAGAAGGCUCCUGCUGAACCUGCAAUCCUUCCAAAAUCUCAGAACAAUAGCCAAGGAAAGCAAACUGAAUGGGCUACAAUAAUAAAAAACCUGGUUCAAACAAAUACUAAUGAAGAAUUAACAAGUGCCCUUCAGAAAAUAAGUAAUGCCAAAAAUAUUCCUAGUGUUAAAAAAUGGGAGGAAAUUCGAAAAGCAAAGUUUGAGAAUUUUUUGAACAACAUCCCUGGUUAUGAAGUUAAUCCUAAAAUUGAUGAACAAUUGCGAAUUCUUAUUUCAAAAGCCAGGCAAGAGCAACAGAUAAAAGAAAAGGAUGAGAAAUAUUUGUCUAAAGGAUAUACAGCAAAACCUAUACAGAAUGAAAGGAAUUCUGCAUGGAUAACUUUGUUUAAAAAUUUGGUUGAACAACAAGCAGUUGAUGAUGGUGAAGAAUUGCCAAGUGAUGCAUUUCAGAGAAUAAUUCAGAAUGGUGAAAUCCCAAAGAUUUUUAAUGGGGUACAAAAAUCUGUAUUCCAGAAAUUCUUGAAAAAUAAACUGGAUUUGGAGGUAAACCCCAAAAUAGCAGAUCAGCUGUGGGACCUCAUUUCAAAAGCCUUGGAAGAGCAACGGGCAAGCAAAGCCAAGAUUCUCGCUAACAAAAAACCCCCUAACACCGCUAACAAAGUAAAAGCAACUAAAAGGAAAAAUGGUAUUGAAAAUGAGAAACCAGCAGACAACGGAACAGGCAUGAAAAGAAUGAAGGAAGAAGUCGAAACAAAAUCUGGCGAUGGCGAAUCAUGCGACCCAGUAGAUGGUACUACUAUUGUUUGCGAAGGAGCUCAACAGCCAACCAAAAUCAAGUGGAAAACGAUUGGCAAAACGAUAUUACUUGCACAAGAUGCCAAAGAGAUGUCGUUGAAAAAAUUCCAGAAAAAAGUUGUUGCUGAAUAUUUGAAAAGCGUAGGAAAUGCUGGAAGUGAUGCAUCGGUUGAGGAUUUGUGGUGUAAAUGCCAAUCGAAAUUGUCAAAAAAUUCAAAAUUUCAAAUUGAUGCAGACAAAAUUAAGCUUGUUUCAUAAACUCCCAUGCAGGUGAUGCGAUUGACAAUCAAUUAAACGUCAUUGACUUGUUAAGACUUAA